UCUCUCUAUUUCUUCAAGUUUUCUCCAAAUCAUAAUGUCUUCAAAUCUCCUCAUUACCUCCUCAAGUGUCUACUUUUUCACUUGAGGGAGCCUUUGAGUUUCUUAUGUGUACGGUUGCUGGCAGUCGUUCUUGUGUGAUAUAGUGGUGCAUUCUCUAUAUAGGAAGUUAGAUGGGUUCAAGAUUCCCAUCUCAUAAGCUCAGCAAUGGGCUUUAUGUAUCAGGAAGGCCAGAGCAGCCUAAAGAAAGGGCUCCGACCAUGAGCUCAGUGGCCAUGCCUUACACCGGUGGAGAUAUUAAGAAGUCCGGAGAACUGGGGAAAAUGUUUGAUAUCUCUAUGGAUGGUUCUAAGUCACGGAAAUCUGGACCUAUAAAUUCUACUCCUUCAAGGACUGGAUCUUUUGGUGGUGUUGCUUCACAUUCUGGACCGAUCAUGUCUAAUGCAGCACCUCGGGCAGGCUAUACCACAUCAGGUCCUGGUGCCACUGGGGGCAUGUCCGGUUCAGCCUCAUUAAAAAGGUCAAACAACUCUGGUCAACUGAAUAGACAUGGGGAUCCUGUAAAGAGAUCAUCUGGUUCACAAUCUGGUGGUGUAACACCGAGUGGACGUCAAAAUUCUGGUCCUAUUCCUCCUGUUCUCCCUACAACGGGCCUUAUUACAUCUGGACCCAUCUCUUCAGGCCCACUGAAUUCCUCUGGUGCUCCAAGAAAGGUAUCUGGUCCUUUGGAAUCUAUGGGAUCAAUGAAAGUAAAUGGUUCUGCUGUUCAUAAUCAGACUGUCAAUGUUCUUAGCCAAGAUGAUGACAUUUCUUUCAAGAGGAACUUCCCAAAACCAAUAUUAUGGGCACUAAUACUGCUUUUCAUAAUGGGUUUCAUUGCUGGUGGUUUUAUUCUUGCAGCAGUCCACAAUGCCAUUCUCCUUGUUGUUGUUGUGGUUCUUUUUGGUGCUGUUGCUGCAUUAUUUGCUUGGAACUCCUAUUGCAGGAGAAAAGCCAUUACAGAUUUCAUUGCUCGUUAUCCGAACGCAGAGCUUAGAAAUGCAAAGAAUGGGCAAUUUGUGAAAAUUUCUGGGGUCGUUACAUGUGGGAAUGUACCUCUCGAGUCGUCCUUCCAAAAAGUUCCAAGAUGUGUUUAUACAUCUAGUAGUUUGUAUGAGUAUCGAGGAUGGGAUUCCAAAGCUGCAAAUCAUACUCAUCGCCGCUUUACGUGGGGACUCCGAUUGUUAGAAAGGCGUGCUGUUGACUUCUAUAUCUCGGAUUUCCAGUCUGGGUUGAGAGCGAUAGUAAAAGCAGGCUAUACGACAAGGGUGACUCCUUAUGUGGAUGACUCGAUUGUUAUAGAUGUCAACCCAGCUAACGAAGCGUUGUCUCCCGAGUUUGUCAGGUGGUUGGGAGAAAGGAACCUUUCAAGUGAUGACCGAGUAAUGCGAAUGAAAGAAGGGUAUAUCAAGGAAGGAAGCACAGUGAGUGUGAUGGGAGUAAUUCAGAGAAACGACAAUGUGCUUAUGAUUGUUCCGCCCCCGGAACCAAUCACAACCGGAUUCCAAUGGGCCAAAUGCAUCUUCCCGUUGACCCUCGAGGGUAUCGUAUUGAGAUGUGAAGAUACAUCGAAUAACGAUGCCAUACCGGUCUAGAAUCAUGUGCAUUGUAAAUUUUUUCUCAACCACAACUCUUUUAAACUUCAUCUACUUCACUUUUUUUUUUAUUCAUAUUUGUCAAUGGUGGUUUUGAUAAAACUCGGAGAGAUGAACCCAAGACGAGAGGCAGCAGGGUGGUUCUUAAUCCUUUUGAACUUGUAUAGCUUUUCCAGGUUGCUUUACUGUUAUGCAGUUUGAGGAUCUGAUGUUUUAGAAGAUUUGUCGGAUAUU